UCAUUUGAGAUUAAUGGCAGUACCACAAGAACCUGUGUUAAAUAAAAAUGAGGAAACAAUUCAGAGUCAUCAAAAUUCGUCGCCUAAAUUUUCUAGAACAAGACAACAACUUAAAAAUGGCUCAUCGCAACAACCACAAGAUGAGGGAUAUUAUUUACGUAUUUCAAUAACGACUCUGGACAAAAACCGUCGCGAUCCUGCUUUCAAGUUUAAAGUUUUUACGAAUUUACCUCGAUAUAAAAAUAGUUCAUAUGCUUCAGUUGAACGUUCAUAUGUAGAAUUUGAGAGGUUAUACAAUGCAUUGGCCUAUUCUAAUCCGGAAUGUAUAGUACCAGCAUUACCUUUUUCAUCUAGUAGUUAUCAAGCAAAUGAGGAGGAUGAACGUAGAGUUAAGCAUUCAAUACAGCUAUGGGUUAAUCGAGUGGCAAUGAAUCCCUUUUUAUGUCAUGAUGAAGAACUUCGAUCAUUUAUAGAAACUGAUUUUACUGUAACUACUAAACCACGUAAGAGGUCUGGUGGGUUCAGACUUAAGUUCUCUUCGGAUAUUAUAGAUGAGGAUAAAGGGUUGACUCAGGCAAAAUCGAUUGCGCAUAUUUUAGAAGGACAUUUCCUUGAUAGUGCUAAAACUUGCCAAAAAUUGGCAAGAUUUCGUUUAGCAACGUUUAAUAACGAUCUUGGAAUAAAAUUUAUUGCAUUGGGAACAGUUGAAAAGCAUCCCCCUUUAUCAAAUGGUAUACGAAAAUUUGGAAAAACUCUUCAAAUAAUUAGUGAACUACAAAAAUUACAAGCUAUUAGUGAAGUAGCUACUCUCGGUGAUUUUUUUAGUUACUAUUCCAUUAAUUCUCAUGUAGUAAAGGAAACUUUAACAAACCGUCUUAGAAUUAUAUCUGAGCAUGACGAAUCAGUGAAAACUACUAUAAGCAAAAGACGUUACAUCGAACGUUUAAAGUCUUCAACAAGCAUUAAGUCUGAUAAAGUUGAUGAAGCCUUAGAAGAAUUAGAAUAUGCCAAAGGUUACGAGCAAAAUCUUGACGCACGUGUCAAACGUGUAACGAAUAAUCUUCAUAACGAAUUAAGGGUAUAUGAAGAAAAUCGUGAACAGGAUUUUUUCAAUGCUGUUAAAGAAUAUGUUAGAAAACAGAUUGUAUUUGAAAAACAGCAAUUAAAAGAGUGGGAAAAUUUGAGGCCGGAUAUUAAGGCAAUUACAAAACGGAAUAUGCAUAUCCAUGUGUUUGGAGAUGAAAAGCUUGAUGCUAAAGCUGUUGCUGAGAGAUUAAGCACUUACAUGUGA